UCGAUAAUUUCAUUGGUCACCAUUUUCCCGCACCUCUACAAUCUUCUGCUCGAAAAGUGGCAUGAGUGACGAAGAAGAAAGUACUCAAGGAAGGAAAACGAAGGAAAAACGCAAUUAAACGUGAUGGCAUUACAAUCAAACGGUCAAAUAUUGUCUAGACAAACUAUGGGUGCAGAGCAAGAAAGAAGAAAAUCCACUCGAAUUGGGAAUAUAAAGAAACCCAAGAAGUUGCUCUCUGAGAGAUUUGGAUCUAUCGCUAGAAUGGAGACAGGGCUGAAAAAUCCACAGCAUGAUGAAUGUGGAGCAAGUGUCCAUCCAUUAAACCAGGAGCUCAUUGACUUUGAGAGAGGAACACUGCACAGAAAGUACAACAAUUUAAAAGUAAAUGUGAAAAUUGGAGUUGUGGAUCAAACUCUCUCGGGACCAGAUUUCAAUAACGAGCAAGUUACCUAUUGUCCAGUAUCAGAGGAUGCAGUUCAGAAAAACAGCCAUGGUUCUAUUCCUCUCAAUAAAGAUGUAAAUGUCAUCAAGCCGUAUGAAGAGAGUACCAGUCUGAUGCAAAAUGCUGUAGGACGAGAGAGCUACAGAGAAAAAAUGAACUCUUUCUCAAGACAAGAUUGUAAUGUUCUAGAUAAAGAGCAGCAGGAAGUUCAUGCACCAAGGUCAUCCUACAAUGAUAUAAAAUGCAAACAAAUUCAAACUAAUAAUAAAAUUGGGAGCUCAGAAGCUAUCAAAAGGCCGUUCUUUUAUGCUGAACAGAACAGUGUUCCUCCAAAGAAGAGAUACACCAUAGAUCAGGAGAUGCAGAAGGAAAGUCAGAAAAUGGUGGACUCUUUUGAUAGAUGCACAAACAAUAAUUUGGUGAACAAUAGAGUCAAUGGUUAUCAAGCUAACCUCCAGCAAGGGGAGUCAACACCAUCAUCCACUUGCUCAGAUCUGAAUAAUUUGAUGCUCUUUGAGGGCAGAACUCUAUUAAAAGGGGGUGUAAAUCCUCGCCACAUCCCAAAGAAUAUUAUUGAAAGGCAUGACAAAGAACCUCCAACUGAUCCAAGAUUGCUACGGCCAAAUUAUGGACAAGAAAACCAAAUUGUAGAAUAUAAAGUUCUCAUGUGGCAUAAAGACUGGCUUUUGGACUACACAAGGAUGUUGAUAGAUGAAAGGCAGUCACAACUGAAGAAGAGAGAACAAGAGAGAUUAAAUGCAAGCACAAUGAAGGAAAGGGAUGAAACACGUAAGGAGAAGUUAACAAAAUCAAAAAAUCCUACUAAUGAAGGGGAACAACUUACAGAAGUCAAAACUGUAGCAGGUAAAAAAGUUGACUCAAGGUCAUUGGUAGUCAAUAUACAAAGGAUGGAGGAUAGCAACAAUGCCACUCUCAAAGCAGCUGUUUCGCGACUUGUGGAGGAUGUGAGAAUUUCUGGAGCAGUGAGCAAACAGUGUUUUGAAUAUGGACAUUCUGGAAUAAAAACAGAGAUACCGCCAAAUUCCAAUGAUCCCAGACUAAAGAACAGAUGUCGGCAACAGUCUAACAACACUGAGAGAAUUUAUCGUAAAAGUAGUGAGACAAAAAAAGAACAGUUUCAUAAAACUGAGGGUGAAUACACAGCAUCAAGAACAUUCAAGGAUAAUGGUGAAAAAAGGCGUCAAACAUCACAGAGGUAUGAUGCAAAACUGAAAGAUGUGAAGAAAAAUUCUCCAAAUGGAGUAAGUGUGUCUCGUGGAAAAACCGGAGCUGUUCUAAGAGAGGACAGUAGGUCUAACUCACCAAAUGUUGACUUGGAGGACAAAGAGUUUAAGGUAUUGCAAAGCACUGCAAUGCACUCUACCUACUACAAUAGAAACUUGUCCCCGAUUUACCAGGAGAAAGAACAUUACAACAGCUACAGGAAACCUCUGCCAAAAGCGUAUCAAGUCAGUAAUAACUGGAAUUCUAAAGGGAAAGAUAGAGGCUUGGACAGGUUUCCUCAAUUCUCCCAGCAGAAUUGGUACUGAAGGACAGACAAUUUCUUAAGCAAGGAAAGACAAAAACAGCAUUUUAUAUAUUAUAUUUUUUGAGAUCUUUGAUCAAGAAAUCCAAAUAUUUUUAGAUUUGUUCUAUUUCAACAGAUCAUGUUUAUGUAUGUUCAAAAUAGAUGUGUAUUUAUUGCAAUAGAAACAUUUGUGUUAAUUUACAUAUAUGUAAAGAAUUGUGACCAUUCUUUUGCUUGAAAUUGGGAAACAAGACAGCAUAGUUAUUCUGCCUAUCAUGUAGCAAGGGAUGCAUAAAUUUUCUUUUGACUGUAGGAGUGGUUCAUUCUAAAAUACAAACAAACAAAAGUAAAAAUGAAAACAUUUUUGUUAACAGUAAACUGAACCUGUGUUUAAUUAAUAAGAAAGCAAAAAAUCUCUGAAGGAAAAGA